CCCCGAGAGGGCCCCCCCCCGCCUCCCGGAGGCGCCCCUGCCUUCCGCGAGGCCCCCCCGGAGCAGGACAGGAGGCACCGCCCGCACCGCGCCGCACCGCGCCCGAAGCGCCGCGUGCCGCGCGUGCCGUGCUUCGGCAGCGAGCGAGGGGGGGAAGUGAGCAGGGGAAGGCCUUUGCAGCUUCGGGUUCGAGGCUUUCGGGCGUUUUCGUAGUUUCCAGGCGGCUGUCCGCCCCCGCGAUGCAUUCCAGCGGCUGCGCCUCGCCGAAAGCGUUCCGGUGGUGUCCGGAUCGUCGCGAACGGCCACCGGAGAGCCGAGUUAUUACCCAAAGACCAGAUUCGGCGGCGCGCUCGGGGGGAAGCGAGAAGGAGAAGGCCUUCUCAGAAGGCGGCGGGACUUUUAGAAGCCCUCAGCGCCUUCUGAGAAGUUCUUUUUUUGUCUUCGGGGCGAAGGCCCAGAAGACUUCUCAGUGGGCCGGGGGACUCCCGAGCCUCCCGAGGAGGCCCGCCCCUUCUCGCCUCCCCCCCCCCGGACUCGCCCCGCCGAGCCAGACCGCCCAGGCGAAGGGCGCGCGUGGAAGGGGCUUCCCCAGGGGCUCCCGGGGGGCCUGGCCAGGAGGCCCCCGAGGAGGGAGCGAUCGGGGGGCAGCCUCUUCGGAAGCGAUCGGCCCCCUCCGCCCCCGGCGCCGCCCUCCGCGCGGCGAGGCGGGCGCAGAGUCGUGCGGCGUGAGGCUGCUGCAGCACCGCACCGCCAGGGGCCGCAACGGCACCGCCGCCGACGGCAGCCUCGAGGAGCUGGUCGACGCUGCCGCGGCGAGCGCCGUGCGUGCGGGCAUGGAGGCUCUGAGCGAUGCGAUGCAGCUGCAGGCGCAGAACGCCUCGGCUGCCGCUGCUGGCAUCCCCGAGGUGGCCUCGGCCGUGGCGGCGGCGGCGACGCGAGCGGCCGUGGAGACGCUGGUGAACCAGGACGACGGCAGCUCUGGCAGUGGCCCUUCGGACGCUGUGGCCGCCGCCGCGGUGACUGCGUGGCAUGUGGCCGAGGAAGCGCUCCAGCACGCCGAGGAGAACAACGCCACCCUGCCGGACGCACUGGCCGCGGUCGCUGCUGCUGAGGUGAGCGCCUUCGAGGAGGCCGGCGGCGACGCGCCAGGCUUGGAGGCCGCCGCGACGAGCGCGGGGCGGGCAGCCGUGGAGGCGUUCCGGCACGCCGAGGAGGACAACGCCACGCUGCCGGACACGUUGGCCGCGGCCGCCGCGGCCGCGGUGCACUCCUUCGCGGGCGCGCUGGCCCUGCGGGAGGUGCCGUCGCCGGUGCCCUCGGGCGGCGAGGCCGGCGAUGCCGCCCAGAGCAGCAGCGGCGCGCGGGCGUGAGCCGGUGGUGGCGGGGCCGCGUGGGCCCCGAAACUGUCGGAACGGUGCGCGCACGGCGCUUUUUUUGCAGUAAUCUUGGGCGCAUGUGCGUGGGGGGGGGCGACAAAAGUUGGGGGGCAGCGACGCGCGGGCACACGAGCUUGUGGUUCCCCUCCCCAUGUCUCGGGACGACUGAAAUGGGUACGGAAAGAAUGGGUAGGAUGCCCAACAGCCGUUCCUGCUCAGUUGGGACAGGACUCGCUUUCCGCGCCACCGCGGACGUUGUUCACUGAAGACGGCAAGCUGCCCAACAGCGGCCGCUGUCGGUUUUGGACAGCCUUUGCUGCUGGGCAUUGUGACCACUUUUGCCGUAUGAAUUUCCGGGCGGCCACAAUGCCCUUUUGGUCGUCUUCUGUACAUUCUGAAGCAUGGAUCCGGCGCGUGCAAUUUGCCAAGCAGCGGCAGCGUGUGUUGGGGUGUGUGGGGGCAGCUGCGCGCCCCCCCCCGCGCGCUGGCUGCGCAGCCUGGACGCUCGCCGCUGUGGCUGGCGCACCAGGGCUCCCUUUCCGCGACUCUGCCCUGCCGCGCCCCCUCUCUCUCCCGCGGCAGGGCUCGCCGGACGAGACCCUCUUCAGCGGAGCAGGGGCAGAAUGCCUGCAGCAGCUGCGCCAA